CUCGCGCGGGGUUUUUGAAUUUCACCGUCGUCUGGAAAUUAUUUUUCACGUUUCCUUGGAAAUUGAUUUUUUAAUUAAAUUGUUUGAAAUUUUUAAUUCGAGUUUUAAAAAAUCACGUGAUUUCAUGGUGGCAACCUUUAAAUUUUUUUUAAUAAUCCAAACGACUUAAAAAAAAUCCACAUAAAAAAUGCCCCCCAAACCUUCCUCCUCCGCGGGUGGGGGUCAAAAAGGGGGCCCCUCCAAAAAAACAGAGGCCAAAAAGAAGGAGAAGGUCAUCGAGGACAAAACCUUCGGCCUAAAAAACAAAAAAGGGGCGAAACAGCAGAAAUUUAUCCAACAAGUUGAAAAACAAGUCAAAUUCGGCAACAACCCAUCCGCCAAAUUGCUCGCCUCCAAAGUCGACGACAAAAAGAAACCAGCCGACGAUCCGCUCCUCACGGGAAUUUUCAAACCGGUCCAAAAAGUGGAAAAGGGAGCGGACCCAAAGUCGAUCCUGUGCGCAUUUUUCAAGCAGGGCCAGUGCGCCAAGGGGGACAAGUGCAAGUUUUCCCAUGAUUUGACCAUCGAGAGGAAGGCCGAGAAGCGGUCGCUCUAUUGUGAUUUGAGGGAGGAGGACACGAUGGACACGUGGGACGACGAUAAAUUGAAGGACGUCGUGGAGAAGAAGCACGGCGCGCAGGAGGGGACCAAGACGGAAAUUAUCUGCAAACACUUCCUGGAAGCCGUGGAAAAGCAAAAAUACGGCUGGUUUUGGGAGUGCCCCUCCUCCACCGCGUGCAUCUACCGGCACGCCCUCCCCCCGGGUUUCAUCCUAAAGAAAGACCUCAAAGCGAUGAAGGAAGCAAACAAAGAAAACGAGACCUCCCUCGAGGACUGGAUCGAAAAGGAGCGUGGGAAAUUAAAUUCCUUAGAAAAUCUAACCAAAGUAACCAUGGAAACUUUUGUGGCGUGGAAAAAGCGGAAAUUAAUCGAGAAAAAAUCCGAAGAGAAAAAAUUAGCGGACAAAAAAUUGAGGGAUUUCAAAGCGGGGAAUAAAUUGGGGUUAUCCGGCCGGGAUAUGUUCACGUUUAAUCCGGAAUUAGCGAUGGAUGUUGCCAUGGAGGAUGAGGAUGAAGUCAUUGGUUGCUAUGACAACAACGAAAAUAAUGGUGAUUCGGAUGAGGGGGAAGAGGAAAAGGAUGAAAAUGAAUACAGGGAAAUAACUCUUGGAGAAUAUCAAAAUUAUGAUUUUGAAGAAACCAUGGAAAAAAUAUUACCGAUUGAAAAUUUGGAAAUUGACGAGGAUUUAUUUAAUGAUGAAGAUAUCGAUUAAUUCCUUUUUCC